AUGGCAACCAACUCCACCAAGAACAUUUUCCCCUUCUUCGAUGUCCCACUCGAGCUCAAGGACAUGAUCUACGACGAGACCCUCGAAGACGUCGAUACCUACCUCGAAGUUGGACUCCGCGUCGAAGCCAAGAAUGUCCCACCGACCAACGCCCUUCUCAUCUCCAAGAAAUUCAAAGAAGAACUCGAGACCCGCGCCAAAAAGCACAGCCACCUCUUCAUCAAGGACAAGUGGGAAUCGGCUCCUGUUCCAAAACUUGAGAAUGCAAUUCUCCCGGAGCCAGCCACAAAGAUCCGCCGCCUCGCCUUUGAGACAGCAGCCAAUUACACCGACUACAUGGAGUACCCAGAUCAAUGGUUCUCGCGGCUUACCGUUCAGAUGGACUGGCUGCGAUCCUUCGACAUCAAGAUCAUUGCGCUGAUAUGCGAAGAUUCACAAUCCGAGGAAGACAGCGAAUACGGCGUCGACGAGUGGGACCGGUCGCUUCGUGAGCAGAGCUGGUGGGAACUUAGGGAGUUCAAAGGUCUACAGGUUCUCAAUGCUGGUUAUGAGCACAAAGAAGACUGGGACACAGUCCUUUCAGCAGACUGGAGGGCCCCGUUGGCGAUAGAGUGGAAGGUGGUCGAGGAGAGUCCAAAACAGAAGCGCAUGCAAGUGUGGUCGUGCAUCACGCCAACGAAGGCCGUCGAUAUGUCGGACUGGGCGUUGGAUGGCUGGGCGGUGGACGGUGAGGAGUAG